AUGAAUUCAACAAGUCCCACGCAAGCGCCCUUGCAAGGGGAAAGGGAUUUCGAGGACUUCGAAAGAUCUUGGACCAAUCAACUUGGCCAGUACUCCAUCCCCUCCAUCCCCGCACUCGCCUGGUCCGUCCCCAACAUCGAGGCCAUCUUCACCAUCCAACUCGUUGACAGCAACUCCAGGCUCCCCGCCACCUGUCUCCAAGUCACCCUCACUAACGGACUCACCGUCGGCCACAGGGCCAUCGCCUGGCUCUCCGCCUCCUUCCUCAUCCUCGCCGCACUCAUCACCCUCGCCACUGUCACCAUCGCCCCCUCCUCCUUCCUGCUCACCGCACCGCCCUCCCUCUUCUAUCUCCUCGGAAAUCAACACCAGCAGAUGGCCAUGACUGGGAUGCUAAGUCUGAAUUACCCCUCUUGCACCCAUGGACCACCAAUUCUGAUCUCCAUCAGUCAAGCGAUCGACGAUCUGCGCGACCUCACCGGCGGCAAGGGCUUUUUGACCACCCCAGACACCGUUGCCUUUAUCUCCCGGCUAUACUUGCCCUUCAACCAGCAGCCCGGCACCGUUGACUUCCCCUAUUAUCCAAACUCCUCCUGA